UUCACGCGCCCGGCGACUUCUUUCUGUUUCGCCCUUCUUUCCCAUCGUUCUGUCGCAGGAAUUCUAAACGAAGCUCUAACGUCGGGUCAAAGAUAGAACGCCCAGGCGGCCAAUCAGGUUCAUGCUCGGCAAGAUGGCGGCGCGCGGGGCUCUUGCGCCGUCUGUAGGGGAAGGAAGCAGCAAUGGUGGCGGAAGCAGCGCAUACACGGAUCUCCUGCUGCACCCGGAGCUGCUCUCGCAGGAGUUCCUGCUGCUUACGCUGGAGCAGAAAAAUAUACCAGUUGAAGAUGAAGUGAAGAUCAGUAAAGAAGUCCUUACUGAUCUUUAUGUACAACAUGUUAUACCAUUGCCUCAGCGGACCUUGCCUAACACAAGAUGGGGAAAGUUGAUGGAAAAGAAAAAAAGUCUGAAGGUGUUUAAAUAUGCUGAUGACAGCACUGCUACUUUGGAGAAUCUAAGGAAACGGCCUCUCAUUGUGUUUGAUGGUAGUUCAACAAGUACAAGUAUAAAAAUAAGGAAAACAGAGAAUGGAGCUAUUGAGCAUCUAAAAUUACCUACAACUGGAAGCACCACUACUUGUAGGAGACUUUUGGGUCCUUCAAAUUCAUCUACAUGUACAUCUGCCUCCAUUUUAACACUGGACAUUAAUGAGACCAAGAAGAACAAUAUUAGAAUUAAUAACAGCAAUAUGAUGUCUAGCCAGAAGGCACCAUCAUUAGUGUCUACUACAGGACCUACUGUUGUGAAAUUAAAGAGAACUGCUCCAAAAGAAGAAUCGGAUACAGCAAAUGGUGUACAACCUACUGAAGCAAAAAAGAAGAUCCAGCAUGUAACAUGGCCAUGAAUCCGUAAGGUGCUUGGCAUGUAAAUAAUAUUUAGCCUCCAUUUUUGGAAGUAAUAUUUAACCAAGAUUGCAGAUUGCAGUGGAUUCUUCACAGUUCCAGUUGCUCCAAAGUGUAAAGCGGAACCAUCUUCUUCCCAGUAACUUUCAAAGUAUUUCCUGUAUUUCACUUUGAUUUAUUUACUUCCAUUUUAAUGGUUGGUUUUCAGAAAGCAAGAAUUUUCUACCAAUCUAUCUUUGAAUUUGACAAGUACACAGUAGUUCAGCCCUUGCAUGAUAUAAUACAGAAACUAUGUGUGGGUUUGUAACUGUCCACACUCAACUGUACUGGGGCACUGACUUCAAUACAUUUGAUGUUCCUGAACAUGUAUAUUUAGAAGAUGUGGAAGAUAGUGCUUCCGUGUUCUGCUGGACAUCUUAUGAUGACUGAAUCCAUUCAUACAAAGCAGUUCUGGUGGUAUGCUUUAGGCCCCUUCCACACAUGCAGAAUAAUGCACUUUCAAUCCACUUUUAAUGCGCUUUGCAGAUGGAUUUUACUGUGCAGAAUGGCAAAAUCCAUUUGCAAACAAUUGUCUAAGUGAAUUGAAAGUGCAUUAUUCUCUGCGGAAAGGACAUUAGGUCAUGACUAAGAAAAAAAAAUCAAAUUCUUGGGUUCCAGUAUCCUAUGUUUAAAUGACAUCUGGGAAUUUUUCAGCCUCCUGUGAGACUGUUAUUGCUUCUAACAGACUUGGGGAAAACAGCUGAACUGUGUCUUUGCUUCAAAUUGAAGUUUUUGUUGUCAUUAGAGAUAAAUGGAUUUCUGUUAUCACUGGCGAUAAUAGAUGAAAGGCACAGACUAGUAGGUUGUAUGUAAUAUAUAGAAAGUUUCAGAGAGAAAUGUAGAGUGUGAGUUAAUAGUGUACUUCAGCAAGUACAUGUAUUAUUAUUUUAUAUUAUAGAUACAUGGAUGAAAUAUAUUUGAAAUGACAAGCAAACUCAUACUGGGAAUAAGCAAUGGAAGUUUGCAAACAAAACAAAUCUUGCCUUUUCCCCUUCUGUGAGGAAACAUGGUAGAUUUCUUUGAACCCCAUGGAUUCUCCUUGUAUGUUGUAAAAUCUAUCUUAGCUGAAUGUAAGUGUUAUAAUCGUCUUCCCAUACACAGUAUCUUGUUACGAUCUGGGACCCAUCGGAUGGAAAUGUAAGAAAAGUUUAUCUGCUCAAAUGCUGUAAAGAUGCUGGCAACAUCUCAUUGAAAUAUUUUGUGACAGUUUAGAUUCUAGAUAUAUCAAUUUGAAACUGUUAAUGUCUUUUUAAAUGAAUUUGGUUUGCCUUAGGAAUCUUCAGUCUCAUAAAAAUAAAGGGCAAAUCCAGCCAAAAUUAACUCACUUGGAGUGUCAUUUCAUGCAAUGGGAAUGUUAAGUAAAAUGUUGUUUGACUCUCAUUGAAAUCACUGGGUCAUAUGGAUACUAAUUUAAUGGAUCAUAUCUAUUCGGAGCAUUUAAAGAUAUGGUAUGUUUGAAGUGUAUUUGGGCUUGAUUGCUGAACACAUGUGUCAGUUUUGUACUUUGGUACUGCACAGUUUAAUAUUGUGUGUUUUAUAUUUAAACAGCUGUCUUUUUAGUACCCUUAUCUGACUUAAAUAAAUUGAGUUAAAGUAGUCUCUUAAAUGGUACGGAUCUUCUCUAUGCUGUAAUUUUGUCUGCCUUUGAAGUUGACAGGUUUGGGGAUUGUGUGUCUGCAUGCAUAUGUGUGAUUUUACGAAUAAGCAUGCCUGUAAGUAUGGAUGCUCUAAUAAAUCACAAUUUCAGGUUAUUUCUAAUAUAAACUUUGUGCCAGCUGGGGCUUUCAAGUGUCCAUUUUUUGUAAAUGGCAUAACUUGAGCCUUAAACAUGAGUCCAAAAUUUGUAAAAUAUGUUAGUUCCAAGUUUUUAAAACCUGGAAUACUUUGUUCUGUGUACCUGGUCAUGGCUUGACUAUAUUUUGAUGAAGAAUGUGUUACUUUAAAGAAGUUUAAAAGUGGUUAGGAUUGGGUGAUCUUUUAAGGGUAUUGAAAUAAAGAUUCAAGGUUUUUUAAAAUUAGUUUAUGCUAUUUUAAGAUAAAUCGAUGUCCUCAUUUUUGUAUUUGGAACCAAACAUACACUUGUAAAUUGGAAUAUUUGUUUUAACCUUAGUAGGCCAAGAUCGCACAAAAUAAAGCAUACUUUUCAGCCAA